AAGUCUCAAUCAAAACCCCCUCUCCAGCACUACCUCCAACAUCAUCUUCCUCUUUUAAUUCUCCUAAAUUAUCUCUCGCUGACUCCCCCCGGAAAUCUUGCUUGCAAUUAAUUCCAGCUUUGCUAUCAAAAUGGAACCAAGUUCGACCCCACCUUCACACCGCUCAAACCCCAUUUCUCACACUAAAUCUGCUUCACGUCUAGCAAGAAUCGGCUACUCUGUUGUUGAAUCCGGAGAACGAGAAAGACCCACCAUCCCCCAUCUUUCUUUGGACCACAUUUCGCCUUCCCCCAAGAAACUAACUACUCCAGCUUCGCCCUCCCCUCUUUCUCUCCGAUCAUCUACCAACUCUCUGCCUCUCCAAGAACUUUUGCUUCUCUCCCCUGCAUCUCCUCUGAGGAGAUCAAGAACCCGACUCGCCGAUAGGCUCGAAAUGGUGGAGGAAGUUGGUGCGGCGGAGCUAGGUGGUGGUUCUCGUAGGAAAUGCAAAAGCAGGGCUUCUCAGACGGGUGUUUUGGGAUGUGGGACCCCUAGGAACAGUAGAAGGUCGAGGAGGAGAAUGGAGAUGGAGUUAAGAGAAGAUAGGGAUUUGGUUUUGGGAGAGGAGAUGGGGAAACCAAGGAAAAGGCGGCAUAGUGGGAAAUCAAAGAAGGAGAAACUCAGUCUGGUCCCUGCUCUUCCUUCUUCAAAAGCCGAUGAUUGUGAAAAAUGUAAUCUUGAUCGAAUGGGGGAGAUGAUUAGUGAUCUGGUUAUGUGGAGGGAUGUUGCAAAAUCAAGUCUUUGGUUUGGAUUUGGAUGUUUAUGUUUCUUAUCCUCUUGCUUUACCAAAGGUGUUACUUUUAGCAUUUUCUCGGUGAUAUCUCAUAUUGGUCUUUUGUGUUUGGGGGUUUCCUUCUUCUCCAACUCCAUAUAUCAAAAUGUUGACAAGAUGAAUGAGUUCAAGCUAAAGGAAGAAGAUUUUCUCAGACCAGCUAAACUGAUUCUUCCAGCUACAAAUUUUGCAAUUUCAAAGAUGAGAAAACUCUUCUCUGGGGAACCAUCCAUGACCCUCAAGGUAGCUCCAUUGCUCCUCCUUGGAGCUGAGUAUGGCCACAUUAUAACCCUGAGGAGACUAUGUGCAUUUGGAUUUUUCAUCAGCUUCUCCGUGCCAAAACUGUACUCUCGCUACUCUGGUCUGAUAAACAAAAAGGCUGAGUACAUGAAAGAAUGGGGCAUGGAAACAUGGGGAGCUUGCUCUCAUAAAAAGCUUGUGGCAGCUUCAGCAGCAACAGCCUUUUGGAAUCUCUCUAGUAUUAAAACCCGUAUUUUUUCUGCAUUCAUAGCUAUGGUGAUAAUCCGGUAUUGCCGGCAACAUCUAGUGCAAGACUCGGUUGAAGUGGAGGCCGAAGAAGUGGAACGAGAGCUGUCACAGAAGGCCUUGGUGGUAGCAGGAGAGGAAUCAAAGAAAAACUAAUUUGGUUUUUUUCCCUUGUCCUAACACAAAUAAACUACUGUGAUAAUGUUGGAUUCUUUUUAAUAGGCUGAUCAGAUUUUUAACAGAAUAAAAACAAUAAACACCAACAAGAUGUUUGAUUUUGACAUGUAUAAUAGAGAAGGAAUUUGUUUCUUUUGUUCUCC